AUUGAAGCGAAGACGACGAACAAGUGGAGUAGAAGGAUUUCGGAAUUUGAAUACUUGUGCUCUUUAAAUAUAAAGUGUUUAAUUAAUUAAUUGCAAAAGUUUGAAGGCAUAAUAUAAAUUGUUCAUUUGAUAAAAUUAUGCAAUGAUGGACUUUCACUUAUUGGUUGUAAUUACCUGCAUCUUCCUCGCCUCUCUCUGCUCGCUUCUCUUCAUUAAUAGCAUUUUCCGUCGUAAAACAUUCGAAGAUAUCGUUGCCGAAAAGAAGGCGUUCACUGACAAAAUCUACGCCCAGAGCAAAGUGGCUGCAAAGAAACCAAAAAAACAACAAACAACAAAGAAGGAUCUGAAGCGUGAGAAAAAAAAAUUACAACGUGAACAGCAAAAAGACAACACCGAGCAAGAGGAUUCCGAUGCCCAAUCCGAACCAACAUCUGUAGAUGAUGAGCCGCAGGGUUUGUCCAAAUCUCAUGUUGAAUUCGAUCCAGAUCCAGAAGUGAUUGUUGGUGCCACUCCAGAAGCCGUGCGACGCGCCAGUAUCAUUGAGCGUGAAAAAGAAAAUUCAAAACAGAAAUCAAAGAAGGAGAAGAAGAGCAAGACUUCGGGAAUUUUGGUGAAUAAGAAUGAACCAGUUGUGGUGCGUGAGAAUUUGGUUAUUGAAGAACAAGCAAAUUCUUUCGAAACGAAACAACCUAAAGAUACAGUUGAGUUAAAGAAACACGAUAAGAAGGAUAAUAACAAAAAAGAAAAGAAUGGUAAAAAGGAUAAAAAUGUAGCAGUGGAAAAGCCAAUUUUGCCCGCUAGUGAACAGCAGCAACCACCAGUAGCCGAACCUGUUAUACAACCGCAAGUUGCAAAGGAGCUUAAACAGCAGGAUGAGAAAGUACGUCAAGGCUCACCAAAGGCACAUGUUGCUAAUAAUGCCAGUGGAAACAAUAAAACAAAACAACAAAAUAAGAAGCAGAACAAAGAGACUGCUGCUACCAAAGAUCUUGUACUUGCACUCGAUAAACUUUCUGAUUCAGAUACUAUUGGCGUUUCAUUACUCAUGAAUCUCUUCCGUCGCGCCGAGCUUAAUCGUUCCGAGAUACAAAUACUUAUCGAUUAUUUGUUGAAUAAGCAACAGGAUACGCCUGCAACUCAUUCGGAAUGGUCUGAUGAUAUAUGCCAGAAAUUAAAACGCCAAUUGGAAGAGAAGGAGAAAGCGUUAGCCGAAGAACAAGAAGCAUCGAUAGGUAUUCAAGCAAAAUUGCGUGAUUUACGUACAGAAAUUAAUGCAGAACGUGCCCAAUUGAAUGCUACUGUCAAAAAUUACGUUGAAGCGAUUAAUUCCAAAGACCAACAGAUUGCUUUACUCACUCAGGACAUGCAAGCACUCAACGACAAGUUCGCGCAGGAGCGUAAACAAUUCCAAGCCAAACUUUUAAUUGAAAAACAAAACGGUUCCCAAGACUUGUUCGCACAAUUGCAACGCUUACAAUGUGAAUCGACGCACAAGGAUAAGUGUAUUAACGAUCUGACCUGCUUGGUUAACGCCUGUAAUCAGGCGAAUGAAGAGUUAAAACAACAAAUAAGUCUCCUCGAACAGCAACGUGAAGAGCUCGAACAAAUCUCGAAUAACCGAAUUGUAGAACUCGAAAAAUCGAAAACACUUGAAAUCGAAAACGCUGAACGCCAGUUGGAAGUACAUAACUUACAAAAUGCACACGAAUCAAUCAAAGCUGAUUUGACGCAGGUCCGGCAAGAUCUUGAGGCACGAAACACGGCUUUGGCGGAGAAGCAGAAUCAGCUCGAAGCCUUGCAAGCUAAAAAUAACGAGUUGCUACAACAACUGGCCGGCAUAAACAAUCAUGCUGCGGAACAAUCUAAGGAACAAUCUGGUUUGCAGGCAACAUACGAUGUACUCAAGUUACAAUUGGCUGAGAAAGAGCAACAAUUGGCCGAAUUUAAUACUAAGCAUGCCUCAUUAUUAAAACAAUUCAGCGGUUUAGAAGCGCAAACACAACUUAAUGCACAAACACAUAAUGAUUUACAGAAGUUGGUUCAGUCACUCCAGCAAGACAUCGGUAGUAAGCACCAGCAACUGCAGCAGGUCGAGCAGACUGUGGACAAACUGAACCUACGUGAAAAGGAGUUACUACAACAGCUCCAAGAACAAAAAGAAAAGAACGAUGAUUUGCGUAAGAAAAACUGGAAGUUGGUUGAAGCUUUACAAAGUUGUGAAACAACAGCUAGACAAAGUAAAGCGUCUAAGAGCGCAAAUGCAAGCUUAGUUCAACAGCAGCAGCUUUUCGCAGCUUCACAAAAACAAUCUUCCGCCACAGCCAAUUCCCCAACCGUUUCCGCAAAUGACGAGAAACAUAUGCGUGAAAUAUUCCAGCGUCUCUAUCCAGAAGCAGUUAAAGCUUGUGAAAGCACCGCGCUUAGUGUAUCCUUUGAGCAGUGGGUGGAACAGGUUUUGGCCUCACAAAUAAAAUUAGCUGCAGUCAAUAAAGCGGCUAGCAGCAGUAGUAACAAAUCAACACAAUCUAAUACCAACAGCAGCAACAGUAAUCACACCUCUUCAAGCCACACAAACAACAACUCACAUAAUGAUAACUUAAUCAAUAGCAAUAAUCGUAUUAGUAGCAACAGUAGUGGUGAUGGUGGAAGCAGCGGUAAUGGCAACGAUGUGGAUGCAGUUGAACUGCGUCUGCAAAAUACUCAACUGCGCGCCAAGGUGGAUGAGUUAACUAAGCUCGUUAAGAAGACUAGCAACACAUUGUCAGCUCUUGAAGGGCAUGCACUGCAAGAGCACGAGAAAUGGCAAAGCAUUUUAUUAGCAAAGGAUGAGGAAAUUUCUAGAUUGCAGCACUCAAAUGGAGCGCAGGACAUUUAAUGUCGCAUCAUUGGAGUUCGUUUAGCGUUAGAAAAAUGCAAUUAAGAUGUAAUGCCUUCCAAAUACAACAAUGAGUAAACAAUAUAUGAUACAACAGCCAACUACUUACAUAGAAAAGCGGCCAGUAACCAUAGAAGUGGAUUAUAAUGAGUGGCAUAAUACAAUAUGCCAAAUGCAUGCAUAUUUCUUACAGAAGCUUACAAAAGUGAAACUAUUAGAAAAUACUUGCAUAUUAUCAGCAAACAAGAAUGUUCGUACGUAAGCAUUAAUUUGCACAAUAAGCGAUGAAAUAGUAGCUAAUAACAAACAGCAGCAACAUGAAUCAUUCUAAAAUUAUGUUACAGUACAGUAGGAGAUAAAAAGUAAAAGAUAUUAAAAACAUAAAGUUAAAUUAAAAAACAAACCAAUUAUGCGUGAAUAAAUGUAAAACAAAAAUAGCAAAAAAAUAUAGAGUUUAGUAUAAGCCUAAAACUGUGCAAUGUUUGAUGAUUGAAAGCGGAAGCAACAAAAGUAGAAUAUAUAAAGAUUAAAGCAAAUUAAAACAGCCAAUUACACUGAAUUGCUAAUAUAAAAUGGGUAAAGCUAGUAAUUAUGAAAUGCAAGCAUUAUAUAAAAAAAUAGCAAGCUAGCAAAGCCGAUAAUAGGAUGGAUGUAGGAAAGAAAAAGAAAAAUCUAUUAAUGCGCUGCAUAGCUGAAUAGCAUUAUGCUGUUUGUGUUCCACAAAAAGUCUUUGCAUUUAUACAUACAAAUACAUGAAUACAUAAAUACAUACACAUAACCAAAUAAUGUUAAUUUAUACGUCACAAAAGAUCGUGAAUAAAGAUAUAAUGAACUGUAAACAUUACAAUAGUACAUUAAAAUAGUUUAUUACAAGCAAUUGUGCAAAUUUCAUUGGAAUUCGAAGAAUGCAUUCUAAAUUUUCACACAUUUGAAUUUAUAAUCAACAACAAUACUACACAACUACACAAGUUUAAAUGACUUAAAGUUGUCAGUACAUUUAUAAUGCUCAUGUGGCAAUACCUUGUAUGUGAAAAAAUCAUAAUUUUUGUUAAAGAAAACGAGUUUUCUCUUGUGUAUCCGUAGUUACAGUUUUAAUGCUGUACAAUUUAGUAAAAAUGUAUAAAUAUGAGAAUGAGUUAAUAAACAUAUUUACAUUACGUAUAAUUCUUAAUAACAAAUUCUAUUCCAUGUGUGUCACUAUUAAUUUUUAAUAUCAAAAUCCAACUUGACCUUAGCGCCAAACAAUUUAAUUGUAUCAUAAUUCAAAUUGAUAUUGAAGUAUCGAAUACAAUGCAAUACAUAAGAAAAUAAUAGAAUCUCUCUCUUGUUUUGGAAAUGUCGGUUCGAGAAAACAAUGCGCAGAUCGAGAAAAUAAAGCUGAUGUUGGCUUAACCAUAGUUACGGUUCAAGUAAACUAACUAAAGUAAUUAACCAUUAUAAAGCAAAGUAACGUUCUUCUUUGUUGCAGCUAAUAUAAAGAUUGAAAGAUAUGAUUUUUCUAUUAAUAUUACAAUAUUUUUGAUUUCGAAUGUUUUCCUAAAAUACAAGUUACUUUUAGUUAAAAUGAUACAAACACAUUUUAAAUUAUAUCAUUUAAAUAAAUUUAUUUUUAUUAUUCCAUAUUUAUUACAAGUUUUUCUCCCAUGCAUUCAUUGAGUGCUUUUCCAUUCUCUUUUUCUUUUUGCGCAAAUAACAAUUACAAUUAGCAAUUCUUCUGAAUGCAUUAAGGAUAAGAAGAUGUGUUGUUUAGAUAAUUCUUACAUAUACAUAUAUACAUAAUCGUUUCAUUUACAUGCGAAGUGAACUGAUAUUAAAAAUUUUGGAAAACUUUUAUAUUUCUAUUCGCCAAAUUAUAAGAAGUUUUAACAAUGGCAAUGCAUACUUGGAAUAAUUACAAUGCAAAUAUUUUAAAUGUAUACUUUAUUUGAACUGACUAUUUUAUCUUGCCGAACUAAAGAAAUUAUUUGCAUUGUUGAGUAAAUACGAAAACACUAGACAACAAAAAACUAGUUUUGCAAAGAUAUUACAGACUUCAACGACUGACCGAUAAAUGAACAAAUGAAUAAGAAACGCGCAUAGUAAGGCUUAUGCAAGCGUAUCCUUAGCAACAGCAACAUUUACUUAAGCAUACAUAAAUGAAAUGAAUCUAUUUUUAUAUAAAAUACUUAAAGAAAGCAGAUACAAUUAAGCUGAGCGUACGAGUAUUACAAAUACUAACUAAAGAAACUGUAUGUGGGAUACUUUCUCUAAUCUAAGCAGUAAUAAUAUGAACAAAAAUCAUUACGAAUAUGUGUAAAUGAAAAUUAAAUGAAAUAGGAGUACGAACAGCUUGUUUCUGUAGUCACAAAUUGAAAGGACUAAUGCUGACUUGAGCUUCAAAUAAGUAACUGCUAAAAAUGAAUUAUCCUUUUCCGCUGUUAUUUCAUUAAUUGAUAUUUUAAGCUUCAUAAUUCGAAUGACUGAAGUCAUAAAAUUUUAAUUUAUAUCUAUGCCAAGCAUUUUACUUUAUUCUGAUUUUCUGUUAAAUGUUUGAGAAAAUACUAUUUACAUAUUCCCAUGUAAUAUUUUUUAAAAAGGGUAUAUUAAUUUUACAGACAUAUCUGUUUCAAGCAGCUUCAGCAUUCCGUUUUUUAUUUAUUCAUAAUCAAACACAAAAGGGACAAGUAAAGAUAACAAACUGCUACUAUACAAACAAUAAUAUUGCUUGUCUCGAUUUAAAAGCAUAAUUAACUAUACACAUUACAUAACUAUUUGAUUAAAAUCACAUUUAUUUUUAUUACAAAAUAAUUGGCAAUUAUAACCAAAAUAAUACAUAUGAAAUGCAAAAAAAGCGUUCGCCACAACAAAAAAAAAGAUUAAUAAUAAUAAAAAGUAAAAAAUAUCGAUAUUAAAUAAAGGAGUAAUAUGUAUGCAAACACAAUGUAGGUAAA